AUGGGGGAGUCGUCAUCGCGGCGCAACGUGCGCUUCGAGGGCCUCUCACCUGAGCCGGACUCACCGUCCAACAUCGCGGAAUUCCCACCCUCGGGGCAACCGUACGCACAGGAUGACAUGGAAGACGAUACGGAAGACAGCAUGGAAGAUGGUAUGGAAGACAACAUGAGGGAUGGUGUGGUGGAUAGCAGCCUGUACUUCACCGAACCCGAACACGUUCCUCCGCCGUCUUCCCAGCGGAACGGUUAUGAGAGACAACACAUGUCGAAUGGCGGUCCUUACUACACCAGGGGACAUGCUAAACACAUGCCAACCAACCAUGCCUUUGCUCGAGGAAACUACUUACAAGACCCAAACUAUCCAUCGAGAAACGGUUAUCGAUCAUCACCGGAGCGUAGGCCUCGAGAGCGCGGGCGCCACGUGGGGCAACUCGGAAGAUCGAGCCAGAAGGAGGCUGCUCGCAAUUACACAACAUUUGAGGAUUUCUGCAGCCAGGCUUUAUCCGCAGCAUCCCAGGGAAAACGGCCGCUCAACCGUCAGCAACUUUCGCAGCCUGAGGUCAUCGACUUAUGCAGCGACGACGACCAAAGAGAGGCGUACAAUCGCACUUCCACGGGCAGUCGCCUUUCAGCGAAGAGUGGCCGUCAGCACAACCACAUCCAGCGCCAAACCAACGGGCUUGGAUACGCUACUGAUGCAGAGUACCAACCUAGGCACGACAGAGACCGGCCAAGAAGUCGAAAGCGUCCCAAGAACGAUCUCAAUCUUGCAGUACAGACGUAUCGCACGGACGACGAAGGCUUGACGACAAAACGCCAGCGCAGUCCAGAGAUCUAUUAUCCCUCUCGGCCGCCGACGAUACCAGUGAAGCGUCAGCGCCGUCAGCAAGACGAAUAUGACGAACCGAUCCCCCGCCCAACCUACCUUCCUCCCGCCACUAGCCACCGCCAGGACCGUCCCGAGCAGCGCCAGAACAGAAAAGCCCCCUCUUCCGGCAACGAGCUCGGCUACAGCCACCGUCCAGCCACGCAACCCUUCAUGGACGAAGACUCGGAAGAAGACGCGCGGCCGUUGCCCGACGACGAGAAGGACGACGACGACGACGUCGCCUCGAUGGCAGCGAAGCAGAAGAAGCAUGAGACGGCGAAGAAGAAGAAGCUUAGACAAACCGCCGCCAACUAUUCCGACGCCGGUCCAGCAGCUCGCGACCACCCAGCCCAGAAUGCAGCCAGCGGUGCAAUAAUCCCGAAGAUCAAACCGUCGUCGCGGGAUGAUGACGAUGACGAGCAGCAGCAGAACAGCUACCCUGCAUCUGCAACGGCGCCCGCUGAUCAUCCUGCAGCCCAGGGGCGCCCGUACGUCGCGUCCGGCAUCUCCCUCAGCCAGGCGCUCCGCGAGCAGGCGCGAGCUAAACACAUGAGCAGCUCGCAGAUCACCGACAGUGACGUGGAGACGACGACCGCCGCCGCCGCCGCCGCCGCGCCUUUGAUAACAGCGGAGGAGGGGUAUGGUGCCAAACCGGUGUCGGCGUCGUCUUCGCCUUUCCGGACGCCGAAGCUGAAGCCGGUGCCGAUGCCGAAGAUGAGGAUUGCGCCGGUGCCGAGGCUGUUGAAGCUGCCGCCGCUCAGGGCGGGGCUGCCGGCGGUGGGGGAGGAGAAGGGGGGUGGAGGGGUUGUGGAUAUCUCCAGCGCGGAGGAGUCGAGCAGUGAUGAUGAUGAUGAUGAUAGCGACGGGGAGGGAGAUGGGGGUGAUGGUGUUGGUCCGCGGCGUCUGACUGGCAAGAAGCAUGGAGAAGCGGAGGGCGGCAAUACGGCGACUGGGUCCGCUAUGUCUUUUCUUUCUUCUCCUUCUCCUUCUCCUCCUCCUUCUUCUUCUUUUCGUCUUCCCCCUCCAGCAACGGCAGCAGCAGCACCACCACCACCACCGUCAUCGUCAUCCGCGGCGCCCACGCCCACGCUCAUGCCCACCGCCCGUCGCGAACGAACAAGCAACGCGGCCAUGAUCAAAAAACUGCUCAAGCAACAAGGUAAAGCGAAAAAGAAGGAUCCCCCCUCCGCCGCCGCCGCCGCCACCUCCACCUCCACCACCACCAACAACAACAACAGUCAGAAGAAGAAAACGAGACCCUCCACAGAAACCGACGACGCCAAAGAAGAAAAAGCCGCAUGGCAGCAAGCCCUGGCCGCUCUAGACGCCGACACUGACCCAGCGCGACGACGACAACGACGUCGGCAGGAAAACGGGGCUGCUGCUGUUGAUGGUUCGCAGCUUGGGGUUGGGUCUGGGGAACAGCGGCGGCGGGGGGACAGGGAGGGUGGGGAUGGUGAGGGCGAUGAUGACGGUGAUGAUGCGAGAUCGGCGUUGUCGUCGUCGUCGUCCGGCGGCAGCGGCAGCAGCAGCGAAGUCGAGCGGGAAGACGUGAUGGCGGCGAUUGAGGAGGAGAGGGAGCGGGAGAGGGGGAAGAAGGAAAAGGAGUUGCGGAGGAAGAGGAUCGCGUAUCAUGAGGCUAGGUUGCGGCAGGAGAGGGAGAAGGAGAUGGGGGCGGAUGGUGGUGGUGAGGCGGGGACGAAGGCUGGGAGGAAGGAGAAGAAGGUGAUGAAGAAGAAGAAGGGGAAGAGUGUGGCGGAGAAGGGGAGGGAGGGGAAGAAGAAGAAGAAAUCGAAGAGUGAGGAAUUUGUGGAGGAGGAAGAGGAUGAGGAUGAAGUGAUGGACGAGGUUCUUGGGGGAGUUGAGCAGGGGCUUGACGCGGCGAACGAUCUCCUUGAAGAUGCUGACGGCGACGGAGGACAAGCAGCCGUCGAAGUCAACGGCGAACUGGGCGACGACUUUGAGUGCCUUUUUAACGAGCCGUCUGAUGAAGGUGCCGGGCAGCCCGUCACUGGCCAGGAGAAUGACGAUAAGGAGAGCCAUGUUGAAGCAGGUAAAAGUACCACAACAGCCUCAAGGGAUCUAACAUCUCAAGAUCCCGUUGACGAAAACCUGCAAAAGCCCGCGAACGAGGGUAUUAAUCAACCUAGUUUCGGAGGUCCCGCGAGCUUACAGUCCAUGCUCGCAAAUGCGACGAAGGAGCCUGCAAAGGAGCGCAACGACGAUACGAGGAAGCCUACGAGCGGCAGUGCACGCGAGGCUGCCCAGCGAAACGCUUUAAGGAGAGAGCAAGCACUUGCAAAUGGCCCGCUCAAGAAGCACAUUCAGCCAGUACCGUCCAGUAAGCCGAAGGGCGCUUCGGGGGCAAAAAGCAGUGCAUUCAUUCCCACCCCAAAAUCCAAGAAUCAGAGCGCCUCCCAGGCCCAACGGAAGCCAACGUCGAACUUCUUGCCUCGCGAGAGCGAUCUUUUACCUGCAAAGGCCUCUAAGAAGAUGAGUAGCCAGACAGCCAACGUUCCUCGGAGGCCGGCAACGGCUCUUAACGAUCCAGAUUCCGUGAAUUUCGGUCCUCUCGUCGCUGACAAGACGCCGUCUACGCCCUUAUCAGUACUCGAGGAAGAAGACGACAAGCAGCUCCACUUCUGGAAGGAAAAGGGUCUCAAGUGGGAAGAGAUCCGCAUCCUGUACGCCGCUCGAACCGGCAAGAAGUUUUCGGUCGCGGGGCUCCAGUACCGGCUUAAGCGCGUCCACAACCGCUGGCCAGAUCUCACCAAGGACAGAGCGGACGAGGGGAAGAAGGAUGCGGAAAAGGAAAAACAGGAGGAGCUCCAGCAGCAGCAGGAACAACCACCGCCAUUGGGCGGCAAGAAGUGGGACCCAAACGCGUACGAGCAAUACAUGGCCAACCAGCAGGCCCUGGCCGACUUCCUGACCGACGGCGAGGAGGAAUCAUCCUCAGACGCCGACGAAAUCAACGACAACGACGACGCGCUCCACACUACAGCUAGCCGGCGCCACCAACGCGCCGCUCUCCCCAAACCGACCCGCAAUCCUCCUCCCACCAGCACAACAACAAUCCCCUCCCCCGCCCCCCUCGCCGAAAACGAAGUCUGGUUCGAAUACCACGUCACGCGCCAAUGCUGGGACCCCUCCCGCGAGGACCAAUCCGCCGCGCCCGUCUACGCCGUCGGCGGGCCGGGGCCGGCGCAGGCGCUCCACACGCUCCGCGAAGCCAACGCCGCGGCGGGCGAGGAGAUCCAGCGCGCCCGCUUCGGCGUCGAGGGCGUGAGCGCGGGCUGCAAGAGCUUCUCGUGCGAGACGGACGCGGAGGGCAUGCAUCAUUACCGCGUGGAGCACGACGACGCUGCGGGGAGGGCGACGGUGCGGGUCGAUGUGGGGAGGUCGUUGAGAGCGCCCGGGGCGGCGGCGGCGGCGGCGGCGGCGACGAGGCCGAGGGUGGGGAGACAGGGGUGGUUGGGGACGAGGGGGUGGGUGGCGUGUGUGGAGGAGGUGUGGAGGGUGGAGAGGCCGGCUGGGUGCUGUUGUCGGCGCCGUCGGGAUGCAGGGGGGGAUGGCGGUGGCAGCGGCGAUGAGGGGGGCGGUGAUGGCGGCGGGGACGACGACGACGACGGUGACGACGACGGUGAUGGUACCAGCGGCAGCAAUCGUGACGAUGAUGGCAAUGCCGAUGCCGAUGCCGAUGCCGCUGCUGCUGCUGCUGCUGUUGCUGCUGCCACCUUCCCCAGCCACGACGACGACGACACCACCUUCGACGACCUCUUCAAGAACAUCGACGACCUCUUCGCCGACCCCGAAGACCCAGUCGUCGUCGUCGAACCAUCUAUCCAAACUCACCACCACCACCAAGCCGAGUCUCCAGCUCCACCAGCACCAGCACCAGCACCAGCACCACUCCAACCUCAACCUCCCAACCAACAACAACAACAACAGACCCCGACCCCAGACCCAGACCCUCACACCCAAAACAACCACCACACCCACACCCACACCCACACCCACACCCCCUCCCCCUCCCUCGCCACCGAACACACCACAACCACCACCACAACCACCACCCGCCGCCCCCGCAUCCUCGGCUUCUUCACCGUCCCCGACGCCGCCAACCGCGAAGCCGCCGCCGCCCUGCUCGACGCCGUCUGCCCGCGCACCAACAGGCGGAUCGACGCCGUCGAGGCGCGCGAACGGAUGCGGAAGGAGUUGGAGGAGAGGGUUGAGGCGUUGGCUGCGUUGGCGGAUCAGGGGGAGGAAGGGGGGGAAGAAGGGGGGGAGGAGGAGGAGGGGGAAGGGGAAGAGGGAGGGGAAGAGGGAGGGGAAGGGGGUGGUGGAGGUGGAGGGGAAGGAGGCGUGUUUGAGUGCAGUGUGGAGGUGGAGGAGGAUUAUCGUCGAUGCGAGGGGGAGGGGGAUGGGGGCGAGAGGGGGAAGGUGGUGGAGGUGAGGUCUUGGGUUGAGGAGGUGGGGGUGGGGGGGCCGAGGAAUGCGUGA